AUGCCCGAUGAACCCGAAAGCAGCGAGGAGAGCCAGGAUGCGCAAGGAGAGGAGCAGGAACUCGUCAGGUUUCGUAGAUGGAUUGCGAUGACGCCAGACAGCAAAUGGAGAGAGUUCCGAGGCACUGCAGAUAUGGUGAACGUCGGUCGCGGCAGAGAUCUUGUCGGUGAGCCUUGGUUACUGUAGUUUUAACCACUAGGGGAGUAUUUUCUUUAAAAUCAACGGCUAUGCUGAAAAUUGAAGUAUUCUGAGUCAAAGUUUCAGACCGAUAGGAUUAUCUGGUCCCGAGAUUGUAUGUGGAUGUGAGACCAAAAAGCCAGCAAUUCUCACAAUAACCCGGCCUUUUCGGUCUCAAACCUGUAUAUCUCGGGACCAGUUGAUUUGAUCGGUAUGAAACUUGGACCCAACAUAUUUCCAUUCAAGUCCAAAAAGCCUGCAAAUUUUGGUCCGAUCGGAACGUUGCAUGUGGGUCUAAAAUCCAGGACUCGGCAGGCAUUCGAAAAUCUUAGGCAAUUUUCCCAAUUUUUUUCAAAAAAACCUCCUUCUACUAUUUGUCUUGAAGUCUAAGUCCCCUUUUUUAGAACUUGUGGAUAGCAUGAUGGUCGCACGAAUGAAUCAUUUUAACCAUUUGAUGAACGGCUGGAGAAUAAUGAGAGGAGGAUUAUCUAUAAGAAAUGCGGACUGGAUAUACAGCGAGAUGAUGGCUUCCCUGUCUUCACUGCAACAGUUCGAAAUGGCAAACUUCACGAGGGAAAACAAUUGGACACAACCCAGACACCUCGGACAAUUCCCCGGCUACCUAAGCGAUUGUCCAGUCAGAGACGGUGGCACGAUGUCUGUCGUUACCUCCGGCCAGGUAAAAUGACUGUCAUUCGCUGUUUACAUGCGUUACUUUUUUCUUAUUUCAGACUCAAUCGUCCGGACCGGUAACAGUUAGAUUGGUGGGACCGGAUAAUCAGAGUAUGAGUCAAGAAGAGUACUUGAGAAUGCUUUUCGGAGACUUUGUGCCAGAAGAGUUGAGAAGAAUGUGAGUGAUAGAUCUAUACGCUGGGAAGAGAAGGUUAUGAGGUUUCAGGUUGAAUGAGAAUGCGGUUAAUGUAGAGAGUAGCAGAGUUGAAGAACUGCCGGAUGAUUCUGAAGGAACUAGCGCACAAUUUACUGAAUACGCCGCGAGGAUUGUGAGGUCAAAUAGGAACAACGUCAACAGAAGGAAUCCGUCGAGGUUAGCAUUAAAACGUUGGACUGAUGUUAAUGAAUCAACAUUCAGACCAUAUCGGCCAACUGGUGGAUCCAAUCAAUCAACGCGACGACCCAACUCAAACAGGAAUCCACAUCAACCGGUGGCACAAACAGCACCUCAGAGAUUAUGUCACGGAGUCGGAUUCACUUUAAAUCGCCGGAAUGGAAACCUCAACAUCACCUCUUUAUCCGACGGCAAUGCUGCUCCGCCUUCAAACUUCACACAUACGGCUAUAUCUUCAAGUUCGAGAUCUCACACAAAUAGGAGCAACCAGAACAGCUAUCGAGGCAGAGGAAACCAGAGGAACACGGCUCCUGCACGUGCUCAACUACAAUCCGUUCCUGCUCAGAGACGAGGAAAUGUACUGCAGGAGACACCAAUCCUCUCGUCAUCCCAAUCAAGAAGGGAACCAAAUCCGAUUCCGGCACCUAUUCCCCUCAUGUCCGCCCCGACAUACGCAGCUUCAACGAUGUUUCAAACAGACUUGCACUCAGAUUGUCAGACACAAGUGCUCGCACUUUUGGUUGUGCAAAAAACUAACGGGGAAAUGGUGUCAAUGGGAUACAUUCCCGUUAACUACCAUGCACUGAACAAUCCGAAUGUUCUAAAUGGAACUCCUCUACAAAAGCGACAUGAGCAGCCCAGUUCUUCGGUCAGCUCAAGGUCAAGAUCUUCUUUGAGAUCUCAACAAACGUAAGUUUUCAGAAGAAUAAGCUUUUUUUGCACGAUUCUAUUCCGUUUCAGUUCGUCGUCUCGAUCGGAUUCAAUGAGAACGCAACGAAGUAGCCCCGGGAUGCUGCCAAACGAUGAUUCUGGCUUCUGCACUGAAUUCGAAACAACGCCAGAUGCGACAAGAGGGAACACACCAGCGCACAAAGAGCCAAAGUCUCGUGAAAUGGAUACGCAGACUAUCGCAAGUGGUCCCACUGAACAACAGAGAACUUCUGCUCCGAAAAGAGCAGAAGAACAUAGUGCACGGUCAAUUCUGGGAGAAAAAGAGGUCCCGCAAGUUCAAGCAGAACCAAAGUUUGUUCGCUCUUACGCCGAUGUCGUCACCAUUAGAGAAGCCUUCAAAGCUAACAGGUAUUCACAAUAA